CACAUCACUCACUAUUGCGGUUUGCCAUUUGCCGCACACGUGCUGAGAUUUUGUGAUAUUUUUACCAAUUUAUUUUACUUUGCAGCGUUAGCGGGACAUCUCAAAAGAUCUCCUGUAAACAGAUAUUGUUUGAAAACAUCCAAUCAUCACUGCAUUUAAGUUGAGCUUGCCGUAGUCUUUGUACAUGGCAAUGGUGUCCGAAGCCAAGGUAAACGGCGGCGAGUUGGAGGUGACCAACGAGUUGCCUCCAGCACUCGCCGAGAAGCCCGCCGGCCUGCCACCCGGGAAGUACGCGCUCGUCGGCUGGGAUAUGGAUACCACUGGGCGCAGGCUUAUUGAUGAGAUCUGCCAGAUCGCGGCGUAUACGCCCAAGCAGUCGUACUCUCAGUACAUAAUGCCGUAUGGCGACCUGAACCCAGGAGCGCGUCGCCGCCACAACGUUCGCGUCGUAACUGUAGGACGUUACCGCAUGCUCAAAGACACUAAUACUCAUAAGAUAUUGAAAACAAAGUCUGAGAUAUCCGCCCUGUCCGAUUUUCUGGAUUGGUUGGAGAAGGAGAAGGGAGACGGUAGUGUGAUCCUCAUUUACCAUGAGCCGCGUCGUUUAAGUCCCACCAUGCUUCUUGAAGCUCUUACCAGGUAUAAGCUUCUGGACAGAUUUAAAUCCAUAGUAGCUGGUUUCGCCGACAGCUAUGCCUUAGCCGCUGACAAAUGUAAGGCCACAGUGAAGUCUGUGUCUCUGCGAGUUUUGGCGCGUGUCCUGCUCGACGCUGAUUCACUGUCCGUUGAUAGCGCGUUGGAAAGGGCCACUGCUGCCUAUAGAAUUGUUGAACAUCUUGCACAAGGUGAGCAGCAGGAGGUGGGCGCGGGCGGCGAGGGCGCGGCGGCCAGCGCGGACAUGGUGGAGACCGCGCGCGCCUGGGCCCGCCCCGUCCACACCGAGCUCGACGCACUCGCCACGCUCAAGAAGCUGCUCGAGAGACAGAACACGUUCCGGCCGGUGUUCGCGCCGCUGCUGCGGUCCGCGCGGCCGGAGCGCAAGCGUGUGACCCAGCUGCGACGCCUGCUGGCCGACGCCGGCCUGCUCUACGACCAGCUCAAAGACGCCUGGCAGGAACACAAGCUGGCUGGUUUGGAGAAACAGCUGGGUUCACUGUCGGUGUCUGCUAAGGAGGAAGAUAUUAAAGAACUGAUUGAGAUAUUUGACUGCCACUUCGACCCUGCCAAAGAGCCGAAAGGACCAAAACCUAGAAUCCACAGGAAUAAGAAUAGAGCUGCGUCGUCGGCGGGCGAGACGGGAGAAGCAGAGGGUAGCACUAGCGAGUCUCAGAACAGCUCGCCACAUAACUCACCUAAUAAGACUAGCAACGAUGUGGCGGCGGGUGAUUCUAGUCAAAAAGUCGCGGCGCCGGAGCCUGUGGCUGCCAACUAAAGACCCACGGUCAACGUUCACAAUUAAUGCUUAGAAUUUUCUACCAUAGCAGUCGUUUAGUGUCGUAAGCAGCUCUCGUGUUAGCGACGAUGCCACAAGGGCGGCAUCUGUUCUUAAAGCGUAUAUUAUUUGUUGGUCAUCGGGCUUAAGUGGACUUUAAAGCGUAAGUAAGACAAGUGAUGCAGGUCGCAGUAUUGUUACAUGUUAGUGUCGUAUUGACAUUUUAUAAGAUAUAUCAGACCUUGUCAGAGCCAGUCCACUAUAAAAUUAUUUUGUUUUAACUAUAAAGAAAUAUUUUAAAUAUAUACGGCAGGUGGAGUCACACUACACACUGCCGAUUAUUCGAGUGCAAUUUACCGUCGUGCAAUUUUUUGUCUAUUUACAUGAAAAUGCAUCACAUUUAUUUACAAAGUACUUUGUGUAUUAAAAACUUUUUGUUUUAAAAGUAUUCAAGGGGUAUAGGUAUUCUAUUUUAUAACCGUCCUUACCCCGCGACGGUUUUAUUUGAACCGUUUCGUCGCUAAUUCGAAAGCAGUACAUCAGAGCCAUAGGGAUGUGACAAAACAUUUAUUCGUAUUAUACAACUAGUUUUAAGUCUCCUUUGGAAUUGAGAGAUAUUUGUUUUGCAUGUAACGCAAUGGACGAGUUAUUUUCUUUGAAAACGCCCAAUUUAUUUUUCUCUUUUGCUUACGCAUAAAGUUUUUUCUAUAUAUAGAUAAUAAUUGUAGAUGAGUGCCUUAGCAACUCAGUGUAUUAAGAUAACAUUUUUUAUAUCCCACAUAAUAAUAUUUGGUCUUACAACAACAUUGUUGUUGGCGGUCCAAUAUAAUACGCAUAUUUUAUACUGUCGAGUUAUUUUAAAAUAUUGCAAUUAUGUUACGCGGUAAUGUCGAAAAACGUUUUAUACAUUUUUAAAUAAAAAAAAGUAUGAAUAACAGUUUUAACAAAUGCUUUGAAUGGAGCAAUAUUUAUUUUUAAUUAGGUCCUUUGCGAAUGCAAUAUUGUGGAAUUUUGUACAAUGAGGACUUAUUGAGUACAAUUUAGUACUUAUUUUAUUUAUUCAAAGUUACAUUUAUUUAUUUUGUGUGUGCAAUCACAGGAACGGAUGGACUGAUAUAAACAUCCGAUAUUUUAAAAAAUAUAUUUAUUUUUUGUUUAUUUCUUUUUGCGUUAGUUAUGCUGGCUAUUGCUGUAACAAUUAUUUGCUGACUCUAUUACGUCACUUUUUCGUUUGCCAUAGAACGUUUCGAUUCUAAAAUAAGUUUUUUUUGUUCACCAUACAAUAAGCAAAGUAAUGGAAAAGUGUGUACCUAUUAACUUACCUCUAAUUUAGUUAGUUUUUAACAUAGACUGUACAUAUAAUUUAAUUUCUUAUUUUGUUCAGAUCUCUAAUAAAUAUGUAAGUCUA